AUGAGUGAUGAUGGUGAUGAUGAUGAUUUUUUUAUGAAUACUGACGAUGAUCCAGAUUCCUAUGUUCAAGAAGAACAAGUUUUCGUUAAUUCAACUGAACAAAACAUAACAAAAGUUGUAGUAUCAGAGGAGAUACAUAAUAUUUCGAAAACUAAAGUACCUCAAACUUCAAUUUUCAUUGAUAGUGAGAGUGAAUCAGAAACUGGACAUACAUCUUCAAGUGACCAAAAUAUUCAAAAACAGUAUGUUCUUGAAGUUAGAAAAUUACAUACCGGAUCUAAGAGAAGAGAAUCAGAUAUCAAAUCCAAUAGUGCGAACUCAACUGAUUUCAGUGAUACAGGAAGCUUAGAGAUGGUUAAUUAUAAUAAUACUGACCGAACUUAUCGUUCUAAGAGAAGACGCAGCCAAAGAGAAAAUAUUAUAGAUGAACGAGAGAUAAGACCAAGUGGGAUAGAUGCAGACGAUGAAUUUUUUAAGGCAAUAAGAGAAGCUUCAAAAAGGCCUUCUACUCUCUCAAACUCAGGUACCCCAGAGAUACUUAAUCGUAAGUAUAACAUUAUGUAUAUUUCAAAACUAAAUGGUAGCGAAGAAAGAAGAAUACAAGCUAAAGUGCUGGGUACACAAACUUUUGCUAAAGUUCUUCCACCUAUAUUAAAUACAUUGUUGAAAGUUAAUAAGAUUCCAUCGAAACUAAGGUCUUUAUAUAAAGCUGAGAAUGUAACACUCUAUUGGAAUAAAUCAAAAUUAUUGAAUUUUAUGAAUUGCGAUUCUUUAAAGAUUCCGCAGACGUACCAAAAUGAGAUAUCAGAGCUAGAAAUUAUACUAAUCUCCAAAGAAGAAGAACAGAAGUUUGAGGAGCAAUUCAAGAUGCAAUUGUUAGAGGACGAACAACUAUCGCAGAAAAACAUUGAAAAUUUUAAUGAUUCAAACAAGCCUUUUGAUAUUUUAAACACAAGUUAUAAUGAAUAUGAGAAGGAACUAGAAAAUUGGAAUAGUAAAGAUUUUAACGUGACAAAUGAUGUAUUGGAUGUCAGCAAUGAUGAAAACAGUUCCAAUAAUGUUAAAGGUAAUGAUUCUAUGAACCUGAUAGAAAUAUCAGAUAAUGAAAGCAGCAUUAAGGAACACGGCACCUCAAAUGUAAUAAAAAUUUCAUUAAUGAGUAAUGAUAAUAAAAAAAUAUUUGUGAAUGUUCGUAGUAGUACAAAAAUACAGAAAUUAGUUGACUAUUUUAAGAAGUGCAAGAACCUAACUUCAAACCAAAGGAUAAAAGUUAUAUUUGACCAUGACGUACUUAGUUUAGACUCAAUGAUUGGUGACAAUGAUAUAGAGGAUGAAGAUAUCGUUGAGAUGAUUAUAGAAUAG